AUGGAGGACGAGAACAUUGCAUCGUCAGAUCCAUCAAGCCCACGAGCACGAAUCGAUUUGGUGGAUGAAAUCAUCGAGAUUAUUGAAUCUAUAAAGGAUAUUGGAGAGUAUAGGAGGACUCAGAGGAAAGAAUGUAAUAAUCUUAUUAGGAGAUUAAAGGUUUUUUUGCCAUUUUUAGAUGAGAUCAGGAACCUCGAAAUUCCAAUUCCUGAUGUCGGGAUUGAAUGUUUGAAGAAAUUGAAGAAGGCUUUUCGAUCUGCCAAGAAAUUGUUGAACACGUGUCAUUCUGGAAGUAAAAUUUACCUGGCAACAGAAAGUGAGGCUAUGAUGGUGAGAUUUCAUUCUGUAUAUGAAAUGAUAAAUCAAGCCGUGGAAGGAAUGCCGUAUGAUGAGCUUGGAAUUUCAGAUGAAGAGAAAGAACAAAUUGAAUUGUUAUCUGUGCAACUGAAAAGAGCCAAAAAGCGAACUGAUACGCAAGAUAUGGAACUCGCCAUGGAUUUGAUGGUGGCAUUGUCCACAAAUGAUGACCGAAAUGCAGACAGCGCCACUAUUGAAAGGCUAGCAAAUAAGCUUGGUUUACACACUGCUGAGGAACUUGAGAUAGAAUCUCUAGCCAUUAAGAAAGUUAAGGAAAGACGAGGAUGUCAUACUGCAGAGAGUAUACAACAAAUGAUAGAUCUUCUAAACAAAUUCAAACGAAUAGCACGAGUUGCAGAAGAUGGUCUCUUGGAUGAUUCUCAAGUACCAAAAACUCUAGUGAAAUGCGCCUCUAUUGCAAUCCCUAACGAAUUUCUUUGUCCAAUCACACUAGAGAUUAUGAAAGAUCCUGUUAUUGUUGCAACAGGACAGACAUAUGAAAGACAAAGCAUACAACAUUGGUUGGAUGCAGGUCAUACAACAUGCCCCAAAACUGGGCAAAUUUUGACUCACUUGUCUGUAGCUCCAAACUUCGCUCUUAAGAACUUAAUUCUGCAAUGGUGUGAGAAAAACAAUUUUCAACUUUCACAGGGGAUGGGGGAAUCAAUGGAGAUUUCUUCUACCUCAAAUGAUGGGAACAUAUUAUUGAGUGUUCAAAAUUUGUCCUCAAGUAAGCUAGACGAGCAAAGAGCGGCAGUAAAGAAGAUCAGAAUGCUUUCAAAAGAAAGUCCAGAAAAUAGAAUAUCAAUAGCCACUAGUGGAGGAGUCCCACCUCUCGUGCAUCUUUUAUCCUAUCCAGAUUCUAAAAUUCAAGAACAUGCCGUGACAGCCAUUUUGAACUUAUCCAUCGACGAGUCUAACAAGAAGCUCAUAUCUAGAGAAGAACCCAUUCCUGCCAUAAUUGAAGUUUUGCAUAAUGGAUCAAUUGGAGCUAAAGAGAACUCUGCAGCAGCAUUGUUCAGCUUGUCAAUGCUCGACGAGAAUAAGGAAAAAAUAGGAAAUUUAAAUGGCAUUCCACCAUUGGUCAAUUUGCUAAAAGCUGGAACAAUCAGAGGUAAAAAAGAUGCCGUAACUGCUCUCUUCAAUUUGUGCCUUAACCAUGCAAAUAAAACCAGGGCCAUUGAAGCCGGCAUUGUCUCACCACUACUUAAGGUAAUCGAGGACAAAAAGCUGGACAUGGUUGAUGAGACUCUCUCUAUAUUGCUAAUCCUCGCCUCAAAUUCAAAGGGUAAACAAGAAAUUGGACAACUUUCAUUUAUAGAAACUCUCGUUAAUUUUAUGAGAGACGGGACUCCCAAAAACAAGGAAUGCGCAGCUUCUGUUCUUCUUGAACUGGGAUCAAACAAUUCAAAUAUUAUUUUGGUAGCACUUCAAUACGGUGUGAAACAGCAUUUGCGCUUAACGGCAUUUAAGAAACCCUUUUUGAUUGUCGGAGAAAAUGGGACGGGGUUUUUUGACCUUGACGACCGGAGGAAAAUUACCCGUCACUUGGUCUUUGAAAAUUUUCAUCCGAGUACCAAUGACUGA